GCCCGCGGCCGUGCGGGCUCCUGAGGAUGGAGGACUCCCGGGAGACGUCGCCGUCUUCCAACAACUCCUCGGAAGAGCUCAGCUCCGCGCUGCGGCUGUCCAAGGGCAUGUCCAUCUUCCUCGACAUACUGAGGAGAGCAGACAAAAAUGAUGAUGGAAAAUUGUCCUUUGAAGAAUUCAAAGCAUAUUUUGCAGAUGGUAUUCUGAGCGGAGAGGAAUUACAUGAGCUCUUCCACACCAUUGAUACACAUAAUACCAACAAUCUUGAUACAGAAGAACUAUGUGAAUAUUUUUCUCAGCAUUUGGGCGAGUAUGAGAAUGUACUAGCAGCACUGGAGGACUUAAAUCUUUCCAUCCUGAAGGCAAUGGGAAAAACAAAAAAAGACUACCAAGAGGCUUCCAAUUUGGAACAAUUUGUAACUCGAUUUUUAUUGAAAGAGACCUUGAAUCAGCUGCAGUCGCUCCAGAAUUCUCUGGAAUGUGCCAUGGAAACUACAGAGGAGCAAACCCGUCAAGAAAGACAAGGGCCAACCAAGCCAGAAGUCCUGUCAAUUCAGUGGCCUGGAAAACGAGCAAGUCGCCGAGUCCAGCGACACAACAGCUUCUCCCCCAGCAGCCCUCAGUUUAACGUCUAUGGUCCAGGCUUACUGGAAGAAGAUAACCAGUGGAUGACCCAGAUAAAUAGACUCCAGAAAUUAAUUGACAGACUGGAAAAGAAGGAUCUCAAACUCGAACCUCUAGAAGAAGUUAUUGAAGGCAGUACUAAAUCUCACAUCAUGCUGGUCCAGCGUCAGAUGUCUGUGAUAGAAGAGGACUUGGAAGAGUUCCAGCUUGCUCUGAAACACUACGUGGAGAGCGCUUCCUCCCAGAGCGGAUGCUUGCGUAUUUCUAUACAGAAGCUUUCAAAUGAAUCUCGCUACAUGAUUUAUGAGUUCUGGGAGAAUAGUAGUGUGUGGAAUAGCCACCUUCAGACGAAUUACAGCAAGACAUUCCAAAGAAGCAACGUGGAUUUCUUGGAAACUCCAGAACUCACAUCUACUAUGCUAGUUCCUGCUUCAUGGUGGAUCCUGAACAACUAAGAUGUUCCUAAAUGUUUUCUUUAUGGUUCCAAGUGAAAAACAAGUGUUCGUAUAUAAAGUGUGAAUUAGGAAAUUCUCUGUACUUAAUUUGCUCUAUACUUUUGUUUGAAUAUAUUUACCCUUAGAUGUGCACUCUUCUUAAAUUUCUUUUGUAACUUUAUCUUUCAUGUGAAUUUUAGCUCAUCUUUCAAAGUUCACAAUUAUUGUCAAUAUUUGCUGAUAUGUUGUUACAUUGUAACCUAAAAUCUUUUAGUCACAAAAUCCUCAUGUGUGAAAAAGGGUACACAUAAAGGAAAAAAACUGUUAUGGUAAAGAAAAAUAUUUAAAGUGAGAACUUUUAGUGUAUUACUUCAUAGGAUAGAUUUUGUAGUUCUGUCAUAAACUAUAAAAGUUAAAUCCGUGUUUUGUGAUUUUUAAGUAUCUGCUAUUCUGCAAGUGAAAUCUUCUCUUCAUUAGUAAUACCUACUCCAUUUCCAACUCAUGACCCUGUGACUACUCACUUUGUUACUUAAAAAGCUAAUACGUGAUCCAGUAUGACUGGUUUCCCUACACGCAGAGAGACAGCAGGGAUGCAUGUGCACAGAGAAGAGGCCACAUGAGGACACAGCAAGAAGGUGACCAACAGUGAGUCAAGGACAAAGGCCUCAAGGGAAGCCAGCUCUGCUGGCACUCUGUCUGGGAUUUUCGGCCUCUAGAACUGUGAGCUUAAGGUGUUUAAGCUUAAGAAGAAAGUUAACACAUGAGGAUGAAACAACCUUAAUUACAACCAGUAUCAUCUCUAGCCAUCUGUCAAGUUAUAAACUGGUUUUCACAAGGGAACAGUUCUGUCAUGGGGUACCACUUACUAAUGUAACGCCAUUACAUCAUUUAUUAACAUAACUCCAUGUAUGUAAGUUAAACCAUUCAAGAAAAGAGGAGAGUUUUACUUUGAGAAAAUAUGGUUCAAAGUUUUUGGCACAUGAUCCAGAGCUAUGUGACUCAGAGGUCUAACUUUUCUUAUGAAAAAUCGACAUUUGCAGUAGAUAAUGAUUUCAAAAUAUUUUUAAAACAAAAUUUUAACCUAAGUGAACAAGAAAGAAAUAUAAAACAAGUACAAAACUUUAGGGAAAUAACAAAACAUGCAGUGGACAGAAAACAUCUAUUUUCCAGUUUCAUUAGAACAACUAAAAGUAGGUACCUAUAUACUCUGCUGUACAAGCUUAUAAAUUAAAUCUUUUAAUAAACUCUCUUCUAUUCUGAUAAAUGCUGCUAAUGAAAAUGCAGUGCAUACAGAAAUUUGUUACCGUGUUAUUCUCUAGUCCAAAUUCCUUUGAAAUCACAGGUCUUCCAGGAAAAAAUAUAAGGUGAAUUUUUUUUUUUUUUACUGUUGGAAAACUCAGAAAGAAUAGAAAGUUUGAACUAACAUUUUAUUUUUUAAAUAUAAAAGUUGACCUAAAAUAUUUUAUCAAACUAAUCUAUGGAAUUUUAACUUUAACCAAUACCUUUGUAUACCAUCAGUCCUCAGUCUGAAUAAAGAAUUUUAAUAGCUUCUACUA